GGUGGCGGCGUGCGUUUGCCUAUGUGACACAAUUACAACAACUUUGAGCUGAUGGUUGGGGAAGUUUGCGAUAUUAUGAAAUAACACUCUGUCGUAAAACCCAACAUUACAUCAACUUCAUGCAUAAUUUGGCACUGGAAUACACGCUGUGUUUUGAUGUACAAUGAGGUGUGUGGAAGAUAACUUGAAGGGAUCAUUUCCUUGAGGAUUUGGCAACAAUUACGCUACGCCCCGUUUUAGUCCUGGAUAAGGUGCUGCACUUUCGUUGUUAUUGCAUUUCGGCGGAGUUGCUCAGCCCCGUUGGUUUCCCCGUUUCCUUUCCAUGAAAUCGUGCGGAGUGUCGCUCACCGCCGCUGCCUCUGCUGCUGCUCGGAGUCUCGGCGCUGCUGGUGAUGAGGAAAAGAAAAUGGCGUCGGGAAAAGCGAAUGAAAUCGAAGAGGACUUUCCAAAGCUAACAGCGCAAGAGAGAGACAGCUUGGCCGCAAUUGACAGUUCACUGUUUGGAUUUCAGAGGCUUCAUGAAGAUGGCGCCAGAACGAAGGCCUUGCUGUUAAAGGCUGUUAGCUGCUAUGAUGCUCUCAUCCUGAAAGCAGAGGGAAAAGUGGACCCAGAGAUCUUCUGUCAGCUAGGCCACUUCAACCUCCUACUGGAGGACUAUCCAAAAGCAUUAUCUGCAUACCAGAGGUACUACAGUUUACAGUCGGACUACUGGAAGAACGCUGCCUUUUUAUAUGGCCUUGGCAUGGUUUACUUCCAUUACAACGCAUUUCAAUGGCCAGAGCAGCCCCCCUCAGCCGAGGCCCAGGCAGGACUGAGAAGGGCGAUCAAGGCAUUCCAGGAGGUGCUGUACAUUGACCCCAGUUUCUCACGCGCUAAAGAGAUUCAUCUGAGACUGGGCCUCAUGUUCAAAGUCAACACGGACUACGAGUCAAGCUUAAAGCAUUUUCAGCUGGCUUUGAUCGACUCGAACCUCUGCACUUUGUCCAAAGCUGAGAUUCAGUUCCACAUCGCUCAUUUGUAUGAGAUUCAGAAGAAAUACCGCGCGGCGAAAGAAGCUUAUGAAAGUCUCUUGCAGACGGAAAAUCUUCCUGCACAGGUGAAGGCAACUACAUUGCAGCAACUUGGCUGGAUGCAUCACACAGUGGAGCAGCUGGGGGAUAAAGGCACCAAGGACAGCUAUGCCAUCCAAUGUCUGCAGAAGUCGCUAGAAGCAGACCCAAACUCUGGCCAGUCCUGGUACUUCCUCGGCAGGUGCUAUUCCAGUAUUGGGAAGGUUCAGGAUGCAUUCAUCUCCUACCGCCAGUCCAUUGACAAGUCAGAGGCCAGCGCUGACACCUGGUGCUCCAUAGGGGUUCUCUACCAGCAGCAGAACCAGCCUAUGGACGCGCUGCAGGCCUACAUCUGCGCUGUUCAGCUGGACCACAGCCACGCCGCCGCCUGGAUGGACCUGGGAACCCUCUACGAGUCCUGUGGCCAGCCGCACGAUGCCAUCAAGUGCUACAUCAAUGCCACCCGCAGCAAGGCCUGCCUCAACACGGCUGCACUCACACAGCGCAUCAAACUGCUGCAGGCUCAGUUGUGUAACCUACAGCCAGGUAGUCUGCAGAAUAAGAGUAAAAUGCUUCCUAGUAUUGAGGAGGCAUGGAGCCUACCCAUCCCCGCUGAGCUCACGUCCAGGCAGGGGGCCUUGAACACUGCACAGGCACAGCAGGCAUGUAAAGGUGAGGGAGGACAUUCAUCCAGCGGUCACACAGACACACAGGCCAGUCCAGCCAAGAGGAAACGCACCAUCAGUCCUGCUAAGGGUGUUGCAGACUCUUGGGCAGCGAGCCCUGCACAACAGCAGAUCCCCAGCUGGUACCUAACGCCACAGAAACUUCAGCUCCUGGAUCAUUUGCGGACCAACCGGGCCAACCUCAAGCCCCUCCAGGUGCAGAUGCUGGAGCAGCUGGAGAACCAGUUUGCUCUCAUGCAGCAACAUCAGCAACAGAUGAGGCAGCAGGCAGCAGUGGGUGGCCAGUCGCGGCCCAGCCUUCCCAACGGCCCUCUGGCUGAGCCCUCUCACCCCCAAGCAGGCCUAUCCCGCUCCUCCCCCCUGAAUCACACAGCCGUCCGGCCCCCAUGCACCGCUCAGCCCACAGCCAACGGAUCCUGCGCUUCGAGCCCGGCAGGGCCGCUGGGACACCCGGACGCUGGUUCUCUGGGCAAUAACCACACCCUGGGACCGGGAGGUGGCGGCGCGAGCAACGGAAACGUGCCUUACCCGCAGCAGAACUCUCUACCUCACAACUGCACAGCCGCCAGUCACCCUACCACCAGCAGCACUACCAAUAGUCCCAGUCAUGCAGACGAGGCUUGGAGGAGCCAGCAACGCAACAACACCACUCAGGGGCUUCAAAAAGGUCAAGGUUCACAUUCGGCUGGUCCCAAUGGUGAACCCCCUUUCUCUUCCUCCUCCUCCUCCCCUCAGACCUCGCUCCCCUCCUCUGGCGCUGGUGCUCUAAAUCAGGUUGGACAUUCCUCUGGGCCCUGCACUGCCUCCUCCUCAGCCUCCUCCCUGUCCCCCACCUCUCCCCAGACCACGCCCAACCACCUGUCCUCGCCUCCCCACUCCGCGACUACCUCAGGGGUCCACACCAAAGACACCACGCCUUCAGGGAGCAACAACGGCAGCAGUGGUGCCACUGCCACUUUGCCAUCAGGGCCUGAGAACACCGUCAGGCAUUCCGCAGGGACACCCCUCAGUCCCAGCACCAUCCCCGCGCAGGGAUUGACUAAUCACGUCCAGCCGCGGGUGACGGACAGCUCGUCUAGCCUAUCUCAGCCUGGCUCCCCUGCCCCCGGCGUGCUCAGUUCAGACAAUCCUCAGCUCUCAGCCUUGCUAAAGGGAAAAGCCAAUACUAGCAGUAAUGACGAUAACAAUAACUGCAAUAACCAUGGAGGGGCUUCCUCAGAAAAAAUCAACAACGUCCACCCGGGUCUCCACGGCGCUGCCAAGCCGCUGUCGGAGCACUCAGUGGCGUCCUCGCCGCUCUCAGCCAUGUCCGCCGCUACCCCCUCUCCCCGCUCUGCAGACACCCAUGCCGCCAACAGCCUGUCCUGCCUUAACAGCCCGUCCAACACCAACAGCCAGGGGCCCACAAUCAACGGCAAGGGGCUGGAGGACUCCCGGAGCCCAGUGAAGGUGGAGCCAUCAGGGGCAGCUCACAGACACACGGCUCCUUCUGGACUUGCGCCUUGGUCCUCGGUCUCCAUCUACCCCAGCUCCAGUGAAGUGCUCAAAGCUUGCAGGAACCUGGGAAGGAAUGGUAUGUCGACCAGCAGCAUCCUCCUGGACAAAUGUCCCCCACCGAGGCCGCCUCCCCCACCGUCCCCCACGCUGCCAAAGGACAAGCUCAACCCCCCGACGCCCAGCAUCUAUCUGGAAAACAAGAGGGAUGCAUUUUUCCCUCCGCUCCAUCAAUUCUGCACCAACCCUGCCAACCCCGUCACUGUCAUCAGAGGACUGGCUGGAGCACUGAAACUGGACCUGGGGCUGUUUUCUACUAAGACGCUAGUGGAGGCCAACCCAGACCAUCUGGUGGAGGUGCGGACCCAGCUGGCCCAGCCCACCGAUGAGAACUGGGACCCCAGCGGCAGCAGGAAGAUGUGGCGCUGCGAGAGCAGUCGCUCCCACACCACCAUCGUCAAAUACGCCCAGUACCAAGCCUCAUCCUUCCAGGAAUCCCUACGGGAGGAGAAUGAGAAGAAGAAGGAGCUGGAAGCAGAAGCAGCCUCUGCAGAGAGUGCGGCACGGCGAAGGAAAGGGCCUUUCAAACACAUCAAGUUUGGCACCAACAUCGACCUCUCUGAUGAGAAGAAGUGGAAGCAGCAGCUCCAGGAGUUGACUAAGUUGCCAGCCUUUUCUAGGGUGGUGUCAGCUGGUAACCUGCUUAGCCAUGUAGGACAUACCAUCCUGGGCAUGAACACUGUCCAGCUCUACAUGAAGGUGCCUGGCAGCAGGACACCAGGUCAUCAAGAGAACAACAACUUCUGUUCGGUCAACAUCAACAUCGGUCCCGGCGACUGCGAGUGGUUUGCUGUGCCUGAGCCGUACUGGGGAAUCAUCAAUGACUUCUGUGAAAAGAACAACAUCAACUUCCUGAUGGGUUCCUGGUGGCCUAACCUGGAGGACCUGUACGAGGCCAACGUGCCAGUUUACCGGUUUAUCCAGCGUCCCGGGGACCUCGUGUGGCUCAACACAGGCACUGUCCACUGGGUUCAGGCCAUCGGCUGGUGCAACAACAUUGCGUGGAAUGUGGGACCCCUCACAGCCCAUCAGUAUAAGCUGGCAGUGGAGCGAUACGAGUGGAACAAACUGCAGAGUGUCAAAUCCAUCGUUCCCAUGAUCCACCUCUCCUGGAACAUGGCCAGGAACAUCAAAGUGUCGGACCACAAACUCUUCGAGAUGAUCAAGUAUUGUUUGCUGCGGACUCUCAAACAAUGUCAGAUGCUGCGGGACCUGCUCUUGGCGGCAGGGAAGGAGCUGGUGUGGCACGGAAGGACCCAGAAUGAGCCGGCACACUACUGCAGCAUCUGUGAGGUGGAGGUGUUUGAUUUGCUGUUUGUGACCAGCGAGAGCAACAGCAGGAAAACUUACGUGGUGCACUGCCAGGACUGUGCCCGCAGGGGGAGCAGUAACCUGGACAACUUUGUGGUGCUAGAGCAGUACAAGAUAGAGGACCUCAUGCAGGUCUACGACCAGUUCACACUUGCUAGUCCUCUGCCUUCCUCCUCUUGAUGGUAACAUUGUGUUGUUCUGAGGACUAUUAGAAUCAUAAUGGACUUAUGGAAACCCUCCGGAAACCUUUUUUUCUGAUAUUCAGGAAGUAAGCCGGCAGUCCUCCAACUGCGUUCUGUAGCUAUCCCAUUAAGGCAGCUGUGUGAAAGCUGUGUGUCUAUGCAACCUGCCCAGAGCGGUGUGCCUCCCCCCGGUGGACUGGAGGGGGACGGCAGCCUCUCCUGUCAUCAUGACCAGACUGUUCUACUGCUGGCCCAGCUGGACUUCUCCAGAAAACACACAAAAACCCACAAAAAAUGAUGAAAAAAAGAGUUUUGUAUAUAUUAUGUUACAACUGGCAACAACGUCACACAAAGACUACUGACUUGAUAAUUUUCUUUUUCCAUUUUUGUAUUCUGUUUGUGGGUUGACACAGGAGUUUUGUUCCCUCUCCCCCCUGAGAUGAGUAACUAGCAUAGCUGGUCUUUUGUAUGUUAGAUAGAUAGAAGUCUCCUUGGUCAGGAAAACAAGAAAAAAUGUUUUGUAAUGUGAAAAGUUGAGUGACAUGUUGAUUGCAACAUUUCCCCCAUUUUUUUUUUUUUUUUUUUAAAUAAAUUGGUUUUAUGUUGAAUUUUGUUUUUGUCGGAACCAUACUGAGUUUUUGGUUUCUUUGGGUAAAAAAGUGGAAAUCAUUUGAAGAGAAACAACAGCCAAGUCACAGAGAAAAUGGGUUGCACAUAGACAAAGGAGUGAACUUUAAUUUGUGUUCUUUUUUUCUUCUAAUUUUGAUGUAAAUUUACACUAUUUAUAAAUGCAUAUUUAUUGCUUGAAAAUAUUUGUUGAUGGAAUGCUGUAAUUUUUUCCAGAGUACCUGCCAUUAAAUUUGAAGGAGCCUUGUCAUUUUAAGCACGGCCCCUCAUACGUUUUCUAUAUAAAUAAAACUGCUUAGUAAGCAUUGUACAGAGACCUUCCUUGAAAUGGUUUUAUUGUUUGAAGGAUGUUUUAUGCGUCAAUAAACAAAAAACUGUCUUUAUUUA